CUUUGCGGUCUGUGUGGCUGUGGUGUCAUGAACCAUCUUGUGCAAACCGUGGUGCAAACUUGAUGAAACUGCGCCCCCAUGGCUGCCAGCGCACCAACAAGGCUCAACAAACCGGAGCCGGAAGUGAGGUUUGAAACGCAGCUCCAGGACCGCGUUGGAUGUCUGGUUGAUACAGAGAUGAGCGGUGAGAACGUGAAGUUGUUUGUGGGGAACCUUCCUUUAGAUGCAACUCACGACGAGCUAAACAAGCUCUUUGCUCCGUAUGGAGAGAUCAACACCUGCUCUUUGCUCAGACAGUACGCCUUCGUUACCCUGAGGGGAGAGGGGGCAGCAGACAGGGCCAUAAGGCAUCUUGAUGGCAAAGAGUACAGAGGCAGGCCCCUGGUGGUCGAGGAGUCACGUGCACGCCCACCCAACUCCACUAAAGUGUUUGUGGGGAACCUCAGCGCAACAUGUUCAGCAGAUGACUUGCACGGGCUGUUCUCAACCUUCGGAAGAGUUUUAGACUGUGAUAAAGUCAAAGCCAGAUUAUGCUCAAACGUUGGCUAUGCGUUUGUGCAUAUGGAGAGGAAGGAGGAAGCCAUGGCUGCUAUUGAAGCACUCAACGGGACCAUGUACAAGAGUCGUCAGUUGGCCGUAGAGCUGUCCAAAGCCCAACCUUUGAUCAACCAGAUGGUGAUGGCUGGAAAUUCGGCCAACCCCAGCGGUGGUGUAACAGCAGGUGGCAGGGAGGGUCUUCUUCCGAGACCACCUCCAUCACUAGAGCAUCACCAGAGUCAAGCAGCCGUGCUUGCAGCAGCUGCCGCCGCCGCGGCUGGACUACCCAUACAAGUUCAACAAAGUGUCCAUAACUCAUUCUACAACACCACAUCCUUUGACCCCACCUACGCUGCUCUGAAGGGCAUUACAAGCGCUAAAGGUGCAGAUGGGGUGAUAUACGGCGCUCUUGCCAGCCAGGUGUAUGGCGCCGUUGCUGACCAGGUGUACCAGGAUAUGGCCAAUCACAAUCCUGGAACCAGCGCCAUUGUUGAAGAAGUAGAGCCCCAGACCGGACCAGAUCCAACAACGCUUUUCGAGGCAGCAAGAGCCAAGUUCUUUCAGGAGGGACAGAAGGUUCUGGCAGAGCAGCAGGCAGGGAGAAAGGCAGCAGCUUCAGAUAACGAGCGGGACCGCAGCCCAAUCAGAGGAAAUCGAGCCCCCCUCCUCCCCGACCCAGUUCCGGGUUCCUUCGCUCAGAUACGACCCAAACGCCGCGCCCUGCUGCCGACACCACCUGGAGGACCUGAAGAGCCCGCAGCUGCCACCAACACUCCUGAAGGGUCAGAUCCUGUUGCUAGGUCUUACUCAGAGUACUACCAGCAAAUGCAUCAAUACCAACAGUAUCAACAGUACCAGCAACAGUACCAGUACCUCCAGUAUGCCUACACCAAUCCUCCUCCUCCUCCGCCACCUCUUCCACCGGCAACCACACAGGCACAGGCCUCCACCACAGCCACUGCGCCCCCAGGGACAUACUCGGCACCCCCGACGUAUGCCGCAUCGGGAGCCUACGCAGCGCCAGGAACAUAUGACACUUCCGGAAGCUACGACGCAUCAUCGGCGAGCUACAACGCAUCUGGGAACUACGAUGCCUCGUCAGGAGGCUAUGACGCAUCUGGAGGCUACGGGGCAUCGGGAGCAUAUGAUUCAUCAGGAGCUUACGCAGCAGCGGGAAGCUACUCCACAUCCACACCGUAUGAGCAGACACCCGCACACGGGCAACCCAUGCCCCAGCGCCAUGAUUACCCUUACCACACGCCAGAACCCCCUUAUCGAUAGUCCCACCCCCAAACACUCCUUCCACACUGCAGAUGUGUGUGUGUGUGUGUGCAUGUGUAUUUACAUAAGGGACAGUUUAAAGAGGAAAAUUAGACAGGGAUCAAUGUUGUAAUUUGAAUGUGCUUUAAAUCUGAAGCAUCUCCCCCUUUCUCCACCUUAACCAAGUCAGUAACUCGCUUGCCUGUCAGUUGAUGGCUGUUGAGUUAAGCAGGUAUGAGUUAAGGUCUUUGGAUAAGUGGAGAUAAGUUGCACAGCUAAUAUUGGAAUUUUGACAAGCAUUCAUAGUUUCUGUUAGAUGUUAUAGAGGCUCAGCUGGUUCCUUGUUGAAUGUUAAAGAGGCUUAAAUGUUUCUUGGGACAGAGUUAGACUCAGAGGCCAGGGUAGGAUCUCAGGAGAAGCCUUUUGUUGCUGGAUGAAGGCCUUUUUAUAUACUCUACAUAAAAAUGUGCACGAAAUAGGGAUUUCCUUGCAAAAUGAAACACUGAUAAAUUAUUAAAUAACCAUCAAAACAGUUAUAUUCAUUUUAAACAGAUGAACUAGUGCCCUGACAAAAAGAGAGAAUUAUCCAUCUGGCAAUCUGGCCUAUUUUUACUACUUCUAAAAACUCAUCUUGCAGUGAUGGAGAUUCAGCUCUGUACAGGCACAUAUUUCUUCGUGAUAACUAAUUUAAAAUAUACGUCCAAACCCACACACUUGUGUUGGCGUAGGAACACCCUGUAAAGAGUAUGUACUGGAGCUCGGUUUGAAUUAGCCAGUCUGUUUGGCCAGACAUUUAACUGCAUAAUAGGUAAUAAAUGUCCGCUAAAGGCAGAACUGAAGUGAAAUUGGGUUUGAGUGGUGCGUCAGCCAGGUUUUUGUUGCCUUUAGGGAAUAACCUUAUUUUUGUAAAGAUUGAGAAUGUUUGUUAAUUGACCAGACUGUCUUAUGAAUAUGUUUCAGGCUGUUAAGUGCUAAUCAACCAAUUCACACGCAAAGUGGUGAUAUAUCAUUUCCCCUCUCACUUACGGGUCAUGGAAAUCUUUCAUAUGGCAAAAAUCACAAAUCGACUUGUUGAAAUUGACAGUUAAACAUGUCACUUAGUUUAUGUUGCAACUCAGUUAAUUCUUUAGCAUAGAGUGAUUUUGUGAUUGCAUUUUCCCUGCUGGCAUUAAAGGUUUUCUUGAGCCUACCUGCUGUUUUCAGGGUGUGAAGAGUGACUACAGAGUAAAUUUGUAGUCCACACAGGCCUUUAAUUCGGAGAGUUUGGUUAACUUGUGACGGAUAUUACCAGUUUGUGAUUUAUGUGUGCUUGAAGUUUCAUAAUUAGGAGGUAUAGCCAAGUGUGAACUUUUGACAUGACUUCGAUAACAAGGUAAAAAUACUGUGAGGAUGUCCAAACAUUUUCAAUUAAAUUGAAGUGCAUGACUUGGAUGUUCUCUUGGAGCGGUUGCCAUAAUUUACCUUUUUGUUGUGCUUCCUUGCUUAGCCCAGGCUCUCUAUGUGUCUCGAGGUCUACACAAACAAAUCAAGAUGAAACAAACACAAGUUCCACUCUCAGGACUUAAAUAUAUCCUGUCAGAGUUUUUGGUCAAAGGACGGUGUUUACCUCUGAAACAUUAGAACAGAAUUUUUAAGUAAUUUUGUAGUCAUUCACAUAUCUUUCUUUCUUUCUUUCUUUCUAGUUCAGUUUUGUGUUGAAUUGCUAUCAGAGCAAUCUAUGUGAAAAGAAAGUUUUCAGUUGAACCCAGGUUUUUGAAGAAAAGUUGUCAGAAGGAAUGGCAGCAUUGUUUGGCCAAUGGUGUUAAGAGAAUCUGAGCAUUAUAGAUGUUGAAAUUUCCAGUUGGUUUUUGACAUUUUCUAUCAUCAGCUUUUUUUCCCCCAGUCUCAUCAGCUGCUGUCAUGCCUCUGCUCACAUUAACCAUUGGUGAUUUAGAUGGAAAAUUGAGCUAGUUUUCAUACCAGAAAAUGUACAAUUUGUUACUCGUGUAAAUACUUAAAACCUUAUUUUAAACUGAAAAAGUAAUGCCAACCAACAUUUGGUUGAACAGUAAGAAUAUUGACUGUUAAUAUUAAGAUGAAGUGAGUGUAUUUCUUCCUAAACAAUUGGAGGUAGUGAAUAGAUGAGAUGAAGUAGGACAAUUGUUGUACCGGUCUGUUUGUGUGGCAGUGGCUGAAAAGGAUUAUCGUCAUGCUUGUAGCAUGUAGAGUGUGUGAAAUAAACGCCCUGUAAAAUCAGACAUUGCAUACAAUGAUUCACCAUUUGAGCGGAGAGCAGGUACAAGUGUAUUAGCCUCUAAAUGCAGUGCAGUGGCGUGUUGCUGAUGCAUAUAGUAUAGGGUUAUUGACUGAGUGGCUAUGAGGUGACAGUCUUGGUGCUGCAGGUGAAAUAUGGUUUGUAAGGUUGUUUUGGUUUUAGCAAAGACCGCUGAUUUUCCCAAGCAGCAGUGAGAAGGGCCGAUGACCUUUUACUUUUCCCUCUUCUGAUCUCACCAGAAACACACACCUCAUUUUGACACAGGAUUACUGGCUUUCUCUGCAUUCAUACCACACCUAGACAACUCCACACUUGUAUCUGGAUGUAUUUUAACUGGGUUCAUUGCAUUAUUGAUGUGCAAAUGAUACUAAUGCACACCUGAUUCCACCUGUAUUUUAUGACUUACAGUAGUUGUUCCGUUCGUGAUUGUACCACACACUAGUUACUCAUCUUAUUUCUUAUUCGCCACCUGAGUUGGUAGUGCUUUCUUAGGUUUAAGUGACACAUAGCCUCUCUAAAUUUCCACAUUAUUCCACCUUCUCCAUGUGAACUGUUAGUUGCAUGCCUUGUUGUUGCUGCUGCUCCAGCCACCUUCUUCCUCUUGCUGAUUAUUGCAGCUAGAGUGGGAGGGAGCCAAACUGAGCCCUUGCCCUGGACGUACGCCACACGCAGCUGUAGCGUGGGAUGGGGAAAACAGCAGCGUUAGGCCUGAAAAUGCUGUGGACGAUGGGGUGUCCCCCCACUAAGGUAAACACUCAGACCACACACUCCUGCCCCUCCCCGAAACACGCGUACACACUCACAAACACUCAUAUACACACACACACAGAUACACCUAUGUCCAUACUUCCUAUUCCUUACCUGUCUUCAGGGAUUUUUCUUUGUCAGGAUUUCAGAUUUUUUGGAAAUGGAUCCCCCAUCGUUUUUUUAAUGGGAGAUGACCUUUUUCCUGCUUUUGAUUUUCCUGAUCAUAUCCCUACAUUUUCCCCCAAGCAUACUCUGCUCAUACAUUCCUGCUCCCAACAUACUGACCUCUCACACACACGAGAUUCGGAGGACACGAAUACCAUCUUUUAGUCUAAGUCUGAACCCUUUCUGAAGCAGUCAUGUUGUUAUUACAUCCCGUAUCUAACAUCCUGUCAUUCAAGAGUACCAGGCAAUCACAGCCAGAGCUGGGCGUGGGACAUUUAGGUAGGAUGGGUUGUUUUAGUUUUUGUAAACAUGCCCCUGGGGCCACUUCGGGGUUAAGUGCCUUGCUUAAGAGCACAUCGGCAGGCCCUUCAUUUCAGAGUUGAAUAACCUGGCUCAGGAUCGGUUGCUGGUUCAACGCUCAACUCCCCCUCACCCCUAAAACAACGAUUUUUGAUGCCACAUUCAACUUGUAUGAAUGACAAUGAACACAAAUAUUAUCAUUUUGUUUUGAAUUACAUUUUGUCCUAUGUUCUUUGAAAUGUUUAAUUAUCAAUAAAUGAAUUUCAACGGAA